CAAACGGCCCACUCACGAUCUUUGCAUCCCCAACUCUUCUUGUGGGUGACGCAUCAUCGUCACAGUAAGCAUGUCCGAGUGCGGCGGUGGAAAAGUUUUGCCUGCUAAGGAUCCAUCGCUUGUGGUACGCCGACGUACUCGUCCUUCCGCCCAAAAUGGGUGGCGAAAAGUCCUCGUCUCCGUCGGUGUUGCGGGCGGUGUGUUCGCCGAUACCAACGCUGCAUGGAUUCUUCCUUUUGUCAAACCGAGGUACGGAAUUUACCGUCAACAGUGCGAUUCUUUUCCGCGUUGGCAAAUGGUCACGAGUCACACGGAGAAGACACGUUUUCGGGAACCCGCCAAUCCCAAGACGCAGUUUUUGGAGUCGCUUGGAUCCCUCGAUACCUUGAACCCAGCGUCGCCGGGACAGACCAGCCUACUCGACCUACUCGUUGACUCGCAAGGAAAUGUAGACGAUAGAGAAAACGGUGAUAUCGAGGACGACGAUACCCUUACGGUUCGUUCCGUAGUACACCCGGGACGCUGGGAGUCCAUGAUUGUCGUGGCCCCGGGUACGUGGAAGGUCGUUUACGCACCGCACAUGACCAACUUCAUUCAACCAUUCUUGGGUCUGGAACGUCUCGAUGUUUCCUAUCUACUUACCGAAGACGGCACGAUCGUCAGUCACGCCGUCUUUACCGGGCCCGUGAUCGCGUCCGGUGCAAGUUGGUGGACGUGGCUCACACGCUCGGGACAGUCCGACCCGCCAACAGAGCCGUCCGCAUCCGUUGCAUUGUCCGUCAGUGGUACUUUCGGUUCAGUUUCCAAUACUACCUGUCGCGUAGACUUUGAUCAAGCGUGGGUGACUUUUCUGUCCAACUGUGGGAAAGACGGUGUUCCGGCAAACACGAUCGAUGCCGACACGUCCUUUUCCUCGGCCGCACCCGUUUCCUCGUCGGCAUCACGCAAUCAACCGGUCGCGUCCAUUGUGCAAGUACCCGACUCGUGGUCCAAACGCCUCGUGACGACUUUAGGUCGUGCGGCCUUUGUCCCCCAGGUUUCCGUAUUCCCCGUGGCAUUUUUGGACGACAAUCUGAUUGUGUUUGAUUUCGAACUACUAGGAACCCGCAUUUGUGCUCGUAAACAGUGA